GGCUGCGGCAGUCGAGCGGCGCCCGCGGGCGAGCGGGGAAGGCGGCGGGAACCCAAAGUUGCCUCCUCGCGGGCCCGCGUCUCCAGCGGGGCAGCAGCCGGGGGCCGGCCGAGCGGCGGCCGCAGACCUGGACUCCCGCGGUACCUGGGCAGCGACCCCGCACGAGCGGCGGCAGCGUGGGCGGCGUUGGCGGCGGCGGCGCGCGGGAAGCGAACUGGAGCUCCGGCGCGGCGCUGCGGCCGCCGGGGAACUCAGCUCAGGUGCGCGGCGAGGAGGGCGCGGACUGGGACCCGCCCGCUGGGACCUAGAAGGUGCGAGGCGCUUGCGCCGGUUACACCUUUGCCACCACGGACUGCCAGGCUCUGAGAUCGGACUCCCAGUCCCUGGACACAGCGACUUCGAGGUCCCCCGCCCCAGAGAGCUGGCUGCAGGACUCAGGCCCGCCCCUGCCAGCCCUGGGACGCACCGCUCCACCCUCAGCCAGCCUGCGCCCGCCCUCGACCCAAGAUUUCUGGGGCAUUGGCCGCGCCUCUGGGUGAUCCCUCCGGGCUCAAGUUGCAAGGGGGCGGGCCCCGGUCGGAGGUGGAGUCUCCCGCCAAUUCAAGCUUUGACUAUAAAUUGAGCUCCCAGAGCACCGAGGACCAGAUGCCUCGCCAGGCCGCCUCGAGGUUGGUGGUCGGAGAAGGUGAAGGGCCCCCGGGGGCUUCGGGGCCCGCGGCCACCAUGCUCCGCUCUCUGCUGCUUCACUCUCUGAGGCUCUGCGCCCAGACCGCCUCGUGCCUCGUGCUGUUCCCGCGCUUCUUAGGCACGGCCUUCAUGCUCUGGCUUUUAGAUUUCUUGUGCAUCCGCAAGCAUUUCCUGCGCCGUCGCCAUCCUGACCACCCCGAGCCCGAAGUAGAGCUCAAUAGUGAAGGCGAGGAGAUGCCCCCUGACGACCCUCCCAUCUGCGUAUCGGACGACAACCGUCUGUGCACCCUGGCCUCUCUCAAGGCCGUGUGGCAUGGCCAGAAGUUGGAUUUCUUCAAACAGGCCCAUGAGGGUGGCCCAGCGCCUAACUCGGAGGUCGUCCGGCCCGAUGGCUUCCAGAGCCAGCACAUCCUCGACUACGCACAAGGGACCCGCCCGUUGGUGCUCAAUUUUGGCAGCUGUACCUGACCACCGUUCAUGGCGCGGAUGAGCGCCUUCCAGCGCCUGGUCACCAAGUACCAGCGCGACGUUGACUUCCUUAUCAUCUACAUCGAGGAAGCCCACCCAUCCGACGGCUGGGUCACCACAGAUUCACCUUACGUUAUCCCCCAGCACCGUAGCCUGGAGGACCGCGUCAGCGCAGCAAGAGUACUUCAACAGGGCGCACCUGGCUGUGCUCUGGUCCUGGACACUAUGGCCAACUCCAGCAGUUCCGCAUAUGGUGCCUAUUUUGAGCGCCUCUACGUCAUCCAGAGCGGCACCAUCAUGUACCAGGGAGGCCGUGGCCCCGACGGUUACCAGGUGUCUGAGUUGCGCACUUGGUUGGAGCGCUAUGAUGAACAGUUGCAUGGUACUAGGCCACCACGUCGAUUCUAAAUAACCAAGGGACAAGUGACUGAAUUGGUGGGCCGGGUCUUCCAGGCUUUCGAGGCCCACGUGCAAAUGCUCCAAAAGAAGUCAAAGGUUGUGGGGGAUCCCCGUGACUCAGAUGAGCGCAGCCACAGAACUCAGGCUGAGUCUGGCUAACUUGAGACUCUGCUAUAGUGACUCCCUUUUGUACCUUUUUUUUGGGGG